GGCUAAGACCCUAAAUCUCUCUCUAUGGGGGCGUGACGUCGGGUGCGCCCGACCUUCCAUUUCGAAGGAUCGAAGACCUGGUUUCCUGAAGUUGGCUUCCAGAUUCAUUGUCGGUUCGGACGAUAAGUGUUCGCUGUUUUAUUCCCCCUUUCGCUUCCUAGCUCAGGACGUGACUCGUCGGCGACUCGCUGACUGUGGAGAGGAGGAUGUGAUGGUUGAAAGGAAUGGAGGAAAGGAAGGAACUUGAUAGGAACGGAGCGAAUGGUAGUGGCCCUUGUGAUGGUCGGCCUCCGAAUCCGCUCGCGCCCUCCCAUCGGCAGUGCUUGACCAAUAAAAGCGGCACCACGGUUCCGUGCAAGAAGUCACUUGUUCGCCACCCUUCUCUUGUAAAAACAAAGAUGUCGGAUAUCUCUGAUGAUCCAAUCUCGAGUGUGUGGAGUCGUAAGUCUCAGUUUCUUCCAGUGAUUCGCUCAGGAGCAUGUGCUGACAUUGGUUUCCGUACAAGCAUGGAAGAUGUAUAUGUUUGUGUUGACGACUUUGUUCAAGAUUAUGGACUCACUAACAUGGCUGAUGGGCCCAAUGCUUUCUAUGGGGUCUUUGAUGGGCAUGGGGGAAAGCAUGCUGCUGAUUUUGCUUGCCACAACUUGCUGCAGUACAUUAUCAAAGAUGAGGACUUUCCUCAGGAGAUUGAGAAGGUUGUUUCUUCAGCAUUUCUGCAAACUGAUGCUGCCUUUGCAGAAGCUUGUUCUUUUGAUGCUGCACUUUCUUCUGGGACCACAGCUUUGGCUGCGAUUAUUAUGGGAAGAUCGUUGAUAGUUGCUAAUGCCGGAGAUUGUCGAGCAGUGCUUUGUCGCCGUGGGACAGCGAUUGAGAUGUCAAGGGACCAUAAACCAAUCUGCACCAAAGAGAAGGAGCGAAUCAAGGCAUCAGGAGGAUAUGUCUAUGAUGGGUACCUAAACGGACAACUUAAUGUAGCUCGUGCUUUAGGUGAUUGGCACAUGGAAGGAAUAAAAAGUAGGGAAGGAGGGCCACUCAGUGCCGAGCCAGAGCUAAUGAGCAUGGAUCUGACUGAAGAGGAUGAAUUCCUCAUCAUUGGGUGUGAUGGAAUUUGGGAUGUGUUUAGAAGUCAGAAUGCUGUGGAUUUCGCUCGGAGGAGACUUCAGGAGCACAACGAUCCAGUCGUGUGUUGUAAGGAUCUGGUAGAUGAGGCUUUGAAGAGGAAGAGUGGGGAUAAUUUGGCUGCCGUAGUUGUCUGCUUUCAGUCAGGUCCUCCACCCAACUUGAUCGCUCCACGCCCAAGAGUUCAUAGGAGCUUUUCAGCUGAAGGUUUGAGGGAAAUUCAGAGCUACUUAGAUAACUUGGCUGAUUGAGGGGAUAGAGACUGAAUUGAGGUUUUUGUUGGCUUAUUUUCCUCAAAUACUUAGUCGAGAUCAAUUUUUACCAGCUGUAGGAUUAGGUGGUCAUAAAUUUCGAGUUACAAACUGUGAUAUAUGCGGCGUAGUGUCAGCAGUGCUUUUCAUUUUUGUAGAGAUCUGCUCUAAUUUUUUUUUUUUUUGGCUCGGAUCUGCUCUGAGUUCAAAGUGUUGUUUUCGGCCGCUUGAUACCGCGUUCAGUAUUUUCUUAUUGGUUUCUGCAAAUGCACAUCGGUAGACUUACUCCGUAUGAAAGAUUUCACUGUUGGUAACAA